AGCUCUGGCAAUGGCACGAUCAGCGUGUCUGUUGGCGUUUGGCCUCGUGCUCGUGGUCGGAGGAGUCAACGCCUUUUACGAGGAUGCAGACUCUAGGGUGAUCGGCUUGACUGCCAAGGACUUCGAUGAGCAAGUGAUGGAGUCAGACGACUCGUUCUGGCUGGUUGAGUUCUACGCACCAUGGUGCGGCCACUGCAAGCAACUUGCUCCUCAGUAUGAGAAAGUUGCAAAGAACCUCCACGGGCUGAUCAAAGUCGGAGCCGUCAACUGUGACGAGGAUAAACAACUCUGCGGGAAGUUUGGCGUGAGAGGAUUUCCGACAUUGAAGGUCUUCCCUGUUGAGAAGACGUACAACCCGUACACGAGAAAGAGCGCAAAGCUUCCGUCAGACUACAAUGGUCCCCGGAGCGCUAAGGGGAUUGUCGACACGGUCCUGUCGCAGCUUCCCAACUAUGUACAUGUUGUGAAGGGAGAGAACGCGACAGAUUUCUUGGAUGAUGAGUAUCCGAAGUGGUUGUUGUUUGCUGUGUGUUGUGUGAAAUUUGUUGUUUGUUGUUGUUGGUGGAGUGAGGCUCUGUUGUUCUCCGACAAAGAGGCUACCUCCCCUCUCUUCCGCUCGCUGGCGAUCCAGUACAAGGGAAGAAUGAGGUUUGGGCAGGUGAGGAGGACACAAGGAGGAGGAGGAGGAGGAGCAGGAGCAGGAGCAGGAGGAGGACACAAGGAGGAGCAGGAGCAGGAGCAGGAGGAAGAGGAGGAGGAGGAGGAGGCUCUUGCUUCUGAGAAGGAGUUGGCUUCCAAGUUUGGAGUUGAGAGCUCUCCAAAGCUGGUGGUGAUCCCAGGGAAAGAUGCGAGCAAGGCCAUGAAGCAUGAGGGGAAGAUUAAGAAGGAAGAAAUCCAAUCUUUCAUCUCCUCGCAUGCUCUUCCAGCGGACAAGAAACAGGAUGAUCCUCUCCUGGCUCAGAAGCUGCCUUCUCUUGUGCAAGCGUUGACUGCUGAGUCGUUCAACGAGAAGGUUCUGAAGGACAAGAAUGACUUGUGGUUGGUGUUCUUUCAUGAUGGAGGAAAGGUUCCCAAGAGUAUUGAUCAACUGGCCUCCUCCUCCAAGAGCUUCAACUUCGCUUCUCUGGACUGCAGCAAGGCUGCCGAUGUCUGCAAGGAGCAAGGAUCAGAGAAGGGACAGCGCUUGAGGAUGUACAUGGAGGACAAGAGCGAGCAUGAAGACUUCACUGGCGCCGCCACGUGCGAGGAGGACUGCAUGGAGAUCGAGGCCAUGAGCGACUUCGUCACAGAGAACAUGCCCAACUUCGUUCAGGUGAGGACCGCAGGAGUUGAGGCUGUUGGGGGAGCCACAUGGAAUUCGUUCUUGGAGCCAGCAGCGGAGCGACCUCGUGUCCUCCUGCUCUCCAAGAAGGACAACCCUACCGCUCUCUACAAGUCUGUCGCCCUCCACUACAAGGGAGUCUUGGCUUGCGGUCUCUUUGCCAACCCUCCCCAGAACGUCCUGGAUAGCCUGCAGGGAGGUCUGUGCGCCAUCGCGUUUCUUGAUGGCUCACCUGAGAACAAGGAGAAAAGGGAUGAGCAACUCAAGAUGCUUGAAGAACUUCGCGCAAAGAAGCAUCCUUCUCCCUUCCACUUUUCUUGGAUCGACGCCACAUGCCAUUAUGACUUCGCUUCCAAGCUCGACGUCGAUGGAAACAAGGUUCCAACCAUGGUCAUCCUCUCUCCUUCCAAGCAGAGGUCGCACCUCCAUGUCGGAAAGUUCAACUCCAACGAGCUCGGAGUUACUCUCGAUCACGUUCUGAGUGGAAGAAUCAAGACUGGGCCUUACUCAUCGCUUGGGGAGCUUGAGAAGAGAGACUGCGAGGAGGUCUAUGCCGAGAUUGCUGCAGCAUCAGCCCCAGAAGGAGGCGCAGAAGACGACGACAUUAUGAAGGAGAUGAUGGAGGAGAUCAAGAGGAAGGAGGCGGAGAAAGAAGCGAAUGACGAGGACGAGGAGGAUUCGUCCAAGAAGAAGAAGAAGAAGAAGAAGAAGUCAAAGAAGUCAAAGAAGUAGAAUUUUUCUCAAUUGCAAUCUACUGAUACAACGUUU